UAUUUAGUCUCUCAUCGGCAGCGACAGCAACAGGAAGCAAAGUAUGCUUACUUGUACAUUAUAUAGAUAUAUAAUUGUGGAGUACAGGUUGGCUGUAAGAGAUACACCUACACAGGUGGAGAAUGAUCUCGGCGAGAAAAUGGCGACGCCACUUCAGCUGUAGUAACGGAUAACCACACGCCGUUCCUCAUUGUAUUAACAAAACUAUACCGAAUGGACUGUGCAGUACCGCAUGAAAGUGUAUUGUUUUUUUUUUUUAUUUUAUUUAAAUUUUAAUAAUUUUUUAUAUGAAUAAAACGUGCAAGUGAUGUGUCGUCGGAGAAGAGGUGGAAAGGAUGAUUGUGGACGGACGUGAAAAACGAGGCAGAGGAGUUUUGAUACGAUCGUGAGUGCGUGCAUGUGCUGCGAGAGGCCGGACGCUAGGUCGUCCAGAAGACGACGACGACGACGUCGAGCAAGCCAGCGGACAUGGGACUGUGCGACAAGAGGCACUUCCUACUAACAAUAUGCGUCCUUCAGAUGAUAACAACGAGCGAGCGCCAAGUGUUCGACUUCCUGGGCUUCAUGUGGGUGCCGAUACUCGUCAACUUUUUCAACAUCAUUUUCGUGAUCCUCGGGUUCUUCGGAGCCUUCCAGUACCGACCCAAAUACAUCAUAUCGUACUGCGUGUGGAACGUGUUGUGGUUGAGCUGGAACGCUUUUCUGAUCUGCUUCUAUCUCGAAGUCGGAGGUCUGGAUAAGCGGGAUGACCUGCUGAACUUUGGCACAGGAAGUUUCUCGUGGUGGCUGAUCAACGGACCGGGCUGCAAGGAGCAGUCAAACAACACAGUGCCCGACCCCGAUCUCUACAGGCCCAUCCGGCCCGAUCACGUCGUAGGGUGUCUCUUCAAAUACGAAGUCAUCGAAGUCAUUCACUCGUCGGUACAAUGUUUUCUAUCGAUCCUGUCGGUGAUAAGCGGCCUUUGCCUGAGUCGAAUGUUCAUGGAGGAGGACGACAGCUUUGACUUUGUCGGAGGCGGUGACUUUGGCACGGCCGGGCACACGCCGCUCCAUCCCAUGUACGUGAGCUACUCGGCCCUGCCCGCCGCCUACGGGGCCGCUAACAAGCUAACGACCGCCUCGACCAGCGCCACCGGCACCCUCAGCGACCUCAACAACAGCUACUACUACUACCCGACCAACACCACGACCACGGCCGGCUCGGCCUCCUCGGGCACCCUCAACGAGCAAACCGUCCGCAAAACCGCGGCCCCGCCCACCGCCAGCCCCAUGUACUCCGUAGCGGUUAAUAAUCGCGCCCGCGCCGCCCUUCGCUCCAACGCCGAGUACAGCAACGGCGGCUCGCCCAGUGGCAGCUUCAGCCGGGCAUCCCCCGGUCGCCCCUCGCCCGCCGUGCUCGAGUGCGCCAACUACUCCAACCCCGUGGACGAGCUCCGAGCAGCCGUGGACCCCAGACAACCACAACCACAACAUUACCAGCAGCAGCAGCAGCAGCAACCCGAUUACUACGACAGUCUUGAGGUGCACACGCCGAAUCUGAGCCUCAACAGGCACCCCAUGUACCAGCACGAGCAGCAGAGACAGACGCCCCCGGUGACGUAUAGUCCGUUGAUGAGGUCGCGUCAGUACAAUCGUGCCCCAGCUGGCCCGCCCGGAAGGCUGUACCAGCAGAACCGGAACUCGUACAGGCCCCGAGCCAUCCAGGCGGACCACAUAAGGCAGUCGAGCGCGGCGCCGGCCCUACCCGUGCCCCAGAGGCAGCUCAGGUCCUUCCACUCGGACCCGAGGCUGUCGAUGCUGGAGGAGCAGGCCGCUCCGGGUGCCAGUCACGGGGCUGGCGCCGCACCUCCCGCUGGUGCCAGUCAUGCCCCGCGAGACGCUCGUCGCGACGCUAGGCCCAUAUCGAUGUUCGUCAACAACUAUUGACCCGAACUUGGGGGUUCUACCGCUCGUUUCGGGAAGAAGAAAGACAUUUUCCGGUCGGAAAUUCAUGGUGUGCCUGCCUUUUGGGACUUUUCGGCUGUGAAGGGUGUAUCGAGAUACAUAUACUUACUUUGGUACUUUUCUAUUUUUUAUUUCACACGAUGUACCGACAGGCUGCAACACCAGUUGUUUCAGUGUUGCGUGUGGCGCGCGAUACUCGUUCGAUAAGUGACUUAAGGAAUCCAGGUGAUGGAUGAAAAAAAACUUGUUGUUCGUUGUUUGUACUCCGCGUACGGAGCUGUACUUUUUCUUUUUUUUUUUUUUUUUCAAUGUUGAAUUUUACACUUGCCACUUUGCCAAACUUGUACGAGGUGCCCGUACAACGUGGGUCUGGUACUGUACGACGAAAGUAUUUUCAAAAGUGCCUUUUACCUCGUCAAUUAUAACGAGCGUUGGAAAAACAAAGGAAAGAAUUUUAUCGCGACACGAGAAGCUUACUUUUGGUAAGCGCACAGGGUGUACGAGUUUUCAAAUCAUACAAAAGCCAUGGUGAAUUUUUAACGGAUAAACGAUUUUGCAAAUGUGAUAAAAGCGCGACAACGACUAUUACACGCAAGAAUGGAUGAAAGUUUCUUUUCUUUUCUUUUUUUUUUUUUCCACAUACAGUCAACACAACUCACAUAAGUGUACGUAUAUGGAGUUGAAGCAACAGAAAAAAAAAGUUGAAGAAUAAACGAAUAAUAAACAACGAUUACGCACUAAUGGACUGUGAUACGUAUGAUAUAUACAUAUAUGUGUGUGUGUACAUACCUAUAUUUAAGACUCGAAAAACGAGUCUCACGCGAAUGCGUUUCGUUUGCGGAGCGACAAACGAAAUUUCUAUUUGGUGCCAACGAUUCGAAAGUAUAUGCUUAGGUAAUUGCAAUGUCCACGUUUUCAUCAAAUCUUGUUUAACAGUGGAUUAUGUGCGUGCACUGCCCGUUAAAGUGACGUCCUAGUUGUAUGCGUUUUGUGAAGUAGAUUCGUUGUGUUUUGAGGAUACUGUGGUAAAAUUAUUUUAAUAAUUAGCAAAGCAUAGUCGAGUGAUUUUUCGGGCCUUGUCUCAAGAGACAUCUGAUGUAACGAAUAAUUGGUGAUUUCGGUCGUACAAAAUGUGAAUGCGUCUUUCGGAGGAACACAAAAUUGAAGCCUGAAACCAAAAUAGCCUUAUCCUUUGUAGAUUAUUUUUAUAUAUAGAUUUAUCGUAUUUAAUAUAGUAAGUGUACGUACGUGUUAUGCGUUAGAUUUUAUCGUUUUAUGCCAAAUAUCGUAGUUGAUGUAUAGAAAAAUAUUUAUAUUACAUCAUAUAAAAUAUACGUUUGAGGAUAGUAAUUUCAUCUUAAUUCAGAACACCAUCUAGAUUGUCGAUUGCAUUUGCGUGCAAGUAUCACAUUAAAAAAUUUUUUUUUUUUUGUUUAACAGAUUUUUCACUUUUUUACGGCUGAAGGUGUUAACUUUGAGAAUUGAUUUGAAAAAAAAAACGAGACUCGUAAGUUGUCGAAGUUGCAUACAAAUAAUAUAUAUACAAUUUUGAGGGUCAGAUUUUACUUAAGAUUCGUUACGAUAAAUGAAAAAAAAAUACAUAUAAGCUCGUUUUUUUAUUAUUAUUUAACUUGUUCAUUACUAUAGUGAUUGAUGUGUUCUUCACUGUAUCUAUAGCGUUUGAUUUUUAAUUGUUAAGUAGUAAUAUUAAAGUAGUAUACAUGUAGCCAAUCAUUUUUCAGUUCUUUGUACGAUAAUGUUCAUGUA